UGUAUUACAACACUGACGACGAUAUUAUAAUAUUUUAUAACACCCGGCUAGCCGGCCAGACCUUUUCGACCUUUCGGAAAAACGCGAUCCACCUCGUCUGUCUUCGCUCACGAAUACGUACAAUAAUAGAAUUUAAACGUUAAUAAAACUUAUAUUAAUCACAAGCCGUGUGUAUAUAGGUCCGUCAUAUUGCUAUAAUAUAAUUUAUAACAUUAUAAUAUACAGUGCAUGUGCGCUUGUGGAUUGUCUAACGCGGUGGAAAAAAUACCGAUCUACACGUUAUUAUAAUAAUAAUAGGUAGGUAUUUAAAAUAAUAAUAUCGUACUCCGCCACGGAAUGUCGUCGAAUCCCAUCCGAGGAAUCCGGCGGAAAAAAUCGUCGCUCACCGAAGUGAAGAUAGCGGUUCUGGGGGCUCCCGGCGUCGGCAAAAGCGCAUUGACCGUACGGUUUUUAACAAAGAGAUAUAUUGGAGAAUAUGACCACCAAGCUGAAACGAGGUACAAGCAUGAAGUGAUGGUGGACAGCGAACCGAUUCUUUUCGAGAUACUAGACACCUGUCCAAAAAAUGACGAGGAGUUACCUUUAAACGACGUUUACAAUUGGGCGGAUGCUCUUGUGCUAGUGUUUGCUAUAACAGAUAGACGUUCAUUCAAUUACGUGCGCCGCGUAAAACAAGCCAUGUUGGACGCUUUCGAAAUGCCCGUAGCGCUGGUGGCCAACAAGGCUGAUAUGGUUCAUCUUAGACAAGUCAGCACGGAAGAAGGUGAAAUAUUGGCGAAAGAUUUCGAAUGUUGUUUCACCGAAGUGGCGGCCGCUGAACAAGUGGGACAGAUCGCCGAGGUGUUUCUUGAAGUUUGCAGAGAGGUGUUGAGUGUCCGGCGGAAGAACAAACAAUCGUUAUUGGACCGGAUGUUGGGCGGAAAGACAGCCGUUGUAAAGGCGUACGCCCGUGGUAAAAGCGACAGUGCUCUGCCAAAAGAAUAACUCAUUUAACAGCGCCAACACAAUCUUCCGGAUACAGAGUUCAACAGUGUGGUGUGUUAAAUUAWAUAGUAUAUACACAUAUUUAAGUAAAUGACACAUUGUAUAAACAAGGUAAUUAUUUCAUUCUCAGACAAUAUUUCGAUAAUUAAGGUAAAGGGAUUUUCAAAAGUUUAUGGACAUACUGUUUUAUAUUUUCUAUGAUUUCAGUGUUUUUGUUUAUACAACUAGAAAAAAAAUUAUAAUUCCUUACACAAUAUUAUUGAAUUAUCUAAAUAUUUAUUGUCUGGUUCGUGAUAAAAGAAUUACCUUGUACCUAUGUGUAAUAUUAUUAGGUAUUACGAUAACGAAAUAUAUCAGGGUCAUAAUGUUUGUACUGUUUGUAUAAUAUAUUAUACCAGGUGGUUCGUUUAACGUCGGACACUCAAAAAGUAAUAGUUUUUGAAAACAUAUUUUUUUACAUGGUUUYGAGUUGUUACUAAACAAAGUUUUUAUUAAAAUUAUUUAUUUUUUAUCUUAUUUGAAUCACAACAUACGUAAAUUUUUAAUUUAAUCUUUAAAAGUGGAAUAUUUUUUCGAGUAUUUUGAUACAUUAAAAUCGAAUUUAGUAUGAUUAACUUUAUGAGGUAUAACAUAUAAGUUUAUAAACUUUAAAUUUUARAAUGUUUGGAUGAGUGGAGUGACAUUUUGCGGGAUAACCGCGUACCACUCCACUUCGGUCAUUUAAAUACCUAUACUCAUUAACUACUUGUCUUAAAUUCGACUUUUAUUCAUCAAAAUACCUAGAAAAAUAUUCUCCUUGGAAUAUAAAAUUAAAACUGUAUGUUAUCAUUCAAGAAAUAAAAUUCUAAAAACUGUAAAAAUAAAAUAAAUUUUAAAAUGUUUUUUUAACGACUACCAACAAAUCAUGUUAGCCUUUUUUUUUUCAAAAACAUAUUUUGUGAAAUAAUAAUUAUUAAAUGAUGAAAGAAUUACCUGGUAAAUGCCUACAUCGAAUUUAGGUACGAGCAACUGUGGAUUUAUGCACUGUCAACAGCAGAAACUGCAACAUAUAAGUUUGCCCAUAGUACUUAUAUACAACUAUACAAGUAUUAAAUAUAUUGUACUAUAAAAAUAUAUAUUACAAACUUACUGCAGCUAA